AUGUCAGCUGUAUAUGAUCAUAAUACAACAUUAUGGUCUGAUAAAAAUGAGCACUUCUUUCAUGAUUAUCGAAUUCAACCUAUUGCUCAAAGGGGGCCACAUUGUGUAUCAACUGUUCUUGCAAUGUUAACAGGAAAAACACCGGAAGAAUUUCAAGGUAAAAUGAAUACACAAGAUCCAUUUUCAUGGUCUCAAGCAUUACAACUCUAUGGAAUGAGAUUAUCAUAUUGUCCAAUGGAUGUACGAAAAUUAAAAUUUUAUAUGAAAGAACUCAUUGCAUUAGAUGAUCUUUUUACUUUGAGUUAUUACACAACUUUGAAUUCUAAACAGAUUCUUGGUGAUCCUGAUGAUAAUGGUUGGAUAACCGGUUCUCAUAUUGUUAUUUUACAUCGA